CCCAAAGACUAGAAGAGGACGCCUUGUUAGACAGGGUGAGAGUGAAGCCAAAGAAGGUUGGGAGGAUCAGAGCACCACAGCUAAACAGACAGCAAAGAAGGCAGAAGAUGCAUGGAGGCAUGGCUCAGAGCUGCUGGCUCUUGGUCACACUCUCUCUGAAAGGUAUUCUUGCUGGUGAUUGGUCAGUCCAUCUCCGAUCUGGUCCCAUCUGUGCUGUGAUUGGUUCUUCCAUAGAAAUCCCGUGUUCCUAUGACUACCCGCAGACCUCCAAUGAAACCAGGGAAGAGGGGUGGUCCUCUGCGCAGGGUGGAGGAGGUGAAGGAGGACAAAAGUACAUGGUUUUGUCUGAGAUGUGGUGCCUUGAAGACAGCCGGUGUAUUACAGCAAGAUACGUGUACCACAGCGAUCACAUCUUCCCAGAUCCAUCCUACCAGAACAGGGUGCAGUACCUGGGAGAACCAGGAAGCAAGGUCUGCUCUCUGAGGAUUACUGAUCUAAGGCAGUCAGACAGCGGGACCUACGUGUUUUACCUCAUCACCAACAACUCCGCAGAGAAGAUGCCAGAGCAGGCCGGCGUACAGCUCCUGGUGGCAGACUCCCCCAGUGCAGUCACAGCCUUAGCAAGUCCAUCCAGGGGCAUCACAGAGGGUUCAACCCUACGUUUGGCCUGCUGUAACCCUGCAGAGCCACAGGCCAAUGUGACUUGGCACAAGAGCACAAGUAACAGCGUAACACACACUGGACAGGUGUGGAAUAUUACUGAAGUUAAAUCAGAUGACUCUGGCAGCUACUACUGUCAGAUGCAAACUGGAGCCAAAGUGCAUAACUCAACCAUACUACCAGUUGAUGUGCAGUAUGCUCCUCGAAACACAACCGUCUCAGUGUCACCUGCUGGACAGCUAGAUUACGAGCUCCCCAUGACUCUGAUUUGCAGCAGUGAUGCUAACCCGCCCGUGCACACAUACAUCUGGUACCAGGGUGCAGCAUGUCUCAGUGACGCAGACAAAAGCUUUCAUCAAGGCAGACGAACUGUAGCUACACCCACAGGAAGCAGCCAGACAUCCAGCAGUGCCAACAUCACCACUGAGGAAUCUGGGCAGCACUGCUGUGUGGCACGAAACAGACAUGGAUCUCAGACUUUCAGUGUAACGCCCAGAGGCUCCAGAGCUGUGAUCCCACCCCUCUCUGGAAAAACAAAAGGGGUGAUUGCUGGAGUGUUCAUUGGAAUCCUUCUGGCUAUUGUUGUCAUAGCCAUCUGUGUCAUAAGGAGACAGAAGUCAUCCAGACGUCAGUCAUACGUGCUCACUGCAACUGCGUCAGAACCUUAAAGAAAAGAAGCGAACUAUGGAGCACCGUCAGAAUGUAUUUCACCCGCUUGUGUUCCAUUAGUUUAAAUGCAUUUCUUCUUUAGGAUUAAGCCUCGAGUCGAGGAUGAAGUGAUGCAUCUCUAAGAAAAGGUUUUAUUCCAAACGAAAGAAGAUAGGAAACAAAUGUCACCCCUUCAUAUGACCUCAAAUUUAUUUAUUACUGUUUUUAAGUUUAUUUUAUUUGUAUUUUUAUUUUAUUAUUUUAUGUUAUUUGGUUCAGUUUGUUGGAGUGUUGCAGUAACAGAUGUGAAUUUAAAUAUCCUCCACGGUUCAUUGCAUAACACGACUACAGGCGACAUCCGGAGAUCUCGCUAACACUUCUUGACACAGGGUUGUAACCACACAGCACAAAGUGCACCGGGUAAUGUACAAGCAAUGUCCAGAAGUAGAAAACAUUGAAGAAGUUAUUACUGAAGGCCUGCCAGUGAUGAUGACUGCGAAGAUGAUAACCCAAUUAAGUGCUGCUGGCAAGUCCAACUGGAUCCUGUUUGUGUGGCUUUGAGUAAACUCCUGAGAGCGAUAAGCCUCCAGCAGAUACUGAGCAGAGCGUGAGGAGAAGUGGGAGAGGAUGAAAACCAAGAGGACAGUGACUCUAACACCCGGACAUCUAAAAAGUGCACUAUUUUAGGAUUUUGCUUUUGUUUCAUUUGCCAUAUUAAAGUGAGGUGUGACGUGCAAAGUUGUUUUAAUAAACAAUAAAGUGCUUCAUUAA